AUGCGAACAUUGGACAGUGGAAUUGGGACCAUCCCCCUUCCUGAAUCCUGCUCCUUCUUCUCCUCCUUCCUGCACCUCCUCCCUAAGUCCUCAUCCACCCCGGAGCAGGUCCUGAGCCCCCCCGGCGUCCCGGGCGGCCCCGCUCCCCUCCCCCGCUGGAGAGUCCCGUCCGGAUCCAGGGACCAAGCGGGGAUGCCCAGUUCUCUGUCCGAUUCAUCCGUGCCCCUCCUUCAGUCAGUGCCUUUCCCCCAUGUGGCCUUCCUCCAGCCUGCCGCCCCGCCCCCCGAACCCAGAGUGACUGCAGUGUGCGAGCCCCACAGCCGCCUGCCCCGCCCACAAUCAGGGGACAUGGAACCAAAGAAGAUGAACUAUGUCAAAUCCAAACCAAGGCCCACUCCAAGUCAACAGAAAGAACAGAGCCGACUGCAGCUCGCCAACUAGUUUGUCCUGAAACUGAUCCCACAGUUGAAGACUCUGC